CGAAAGUAGACAGUGAAAUGCAAGUGCAAACGUGUUUUUAGAUUAUUUGAAAAAUGCGUGCUAUUAGUUAAUCAAUGGAAUAUGGCUUUUCAUUAUAACAUUAUAUAUAACGAUAAUGAAGAUACGGACGAUAGUGAAUUGGCUUUAACAUUUGUACAGUAUUUAGAUAACAAAAUAAGUGCGUGGGGUUUCAAUGGUUAUUAUGCAGCAAAGCAUGCCAUACCGGGUAGAAGUGUAUUUGAGGAACUCUUCAGGAUAGUGAGGGAAACUGAAAAGACGUUAGUUGUGAUAACUCCACAUUUUAGAUCCAAUUACUGGGCUAAGUAUUCGAAACAAGCUGCGUUUAAAUACCUGUUAGAGGAAGGCAACCAACACAAACUGAUACCGAUUGCAAUUAAUAUACGCAAUAAACAGGCUCUUGAAGAAUUAAAUGUUAACACACCUAUUCUUAUUAAAGGUUUGACAGAGCAAGAAUGGGAAGACAACAACAAAAACUGUUUCGAACGACUGAAAAACGUAUUCUUGUCAGAAGAGUCGCCGUUGAUGGUAGAAGGUAUGUAUUCUGGAUAUUUUAUUCAGACUCGUCUCGACGGGUCGAUAUUACGAUAG